AUGGCCUAUCUCAUCCUUGCCGCGGCGUUACGGCUGAUGGAGGUCGGCAUCAGCGCGCGCCCGAAGUUCGCCGACGACGGCAUCGGCUGGGAGGCGUGGGUGUUCAAGAGUGGCUCAGACAGUGGACAGAAGUGCUCGAUGACGAGCAAAGCUGGAGCGACUCUCGACGCUGUCGCCGCGAAGGCCAAUGACGUGAUGGAGAAGAUCUCGGCCGCCAAGAAGGACGCGGCCGAGGCCAAGGAGAGCGAGGCGGCCGAGGCCAAGGAGGGCGAGACGGCCGAGGCCAAGGAGGGCGCGGCCGAGGCCAAGGAGGGCGCGGCCGAGGCCAAGGAGGGCGUGGCCGAGGCCGACGAGGGCGCGGCCGAGGCCGACGAGGGCGCACUCGAGAUCGUGACGUAG